AUGGCCCUAGUUACGAAAAAACGCCGAACGGAUAACCGCAAAAUCAGCGCUAUAGAAGUUGCAAGUGAUUCUGUGCCAGAGAAUUUUUCAAUUGACGAAGUUGAAGAUAAAGCAGACGGUAGUGAAAUGGAGUCUUCUGGCGAGGAUGACAUCGAAACCCCCAAUUCGAACCAAAAAGAACGAAAGCAAAGAAAAAGAAAGGGCGCUGAUGGAGGGGUAUCUGAGAAGGAGAAGGCUCAAGCAGUCAGCGACAUGUACGAAUACAAAUCGAACGUGUUCCGGAUGGAAACUGAAGAGUUGUUGAAGGAAGUCCGUCUAAACUACCAGAAGCGCAUGGCACCUGUGGAGAGAGUCUUGCACAGGUUAAAGAGUAUUAUUGAAGCUAUCCCUGAAAACCUAGAUAUUCCCAUAUGCGAGGCCGAGAAAGAGAUGAACAGGCGCAAAAUCAACAUUCCCUUCCCGGAUCCAAAACCGGCAAAGGAUGUUAUGUACAAAUUUUCAUAUGCAACGCCAUCCUAUAUCAACAUCGUUGGCGGAUAUGCGCUUAAGACAUUGAUUAAACAAAGUGAAGGGUUUUCGAUCGAUUUGAUUGUCUCAAUGCCUUCGAACAUUUUCCAAGAAAAGGAUUAUCUUAAUUACCGAUACUUUCACAAGAGGGCAUACUAUCUUGCGAAUUUGGCUGCGGCAAUCCAAGAGUCUAAGGAUAUCAAAGUAAAAUUAACAAUUGACUAUAUCAACCAAGACCUCCUACGCCCCAUUUUGGUGGUUUCUCCUAGUGGCAAUGGCGAUGAACUAGAUUUUACCGCUUCAAAGUGCUCGAUCAGGUUGAUCCCCGCCGCUUCUCGAGAUACAUUCGCGACAAAUAAGCUACUCCCUUCUAAAAAUUGUGUAAGGGUUUCUCAAACACUUGAGGUGGACGGAAAAAAGACGCCUGAACCAGGCCCAACAACAUCAUACAAUUCAUCCCUAUUGGCCGAUACAACUUAUUUCAAACAUCUAUCACAACUUCAUUCCAGCUCUGAGAAUUGUGCAUCUUUCAAAGAUGCAUGCUUAUUAGGAAGAGUGUGGUUGCAUCAACGGGGAUUCGGAGGGGGGAUUAGCAAGGGCGGGUUUGGCCAUUUCGAAUGGGCUAUUUUGAUGUCAUUUCUGUUAAAAGGAGGGGAUUCCAAAGGACACGCCAUUCUUUCUCAAGGAUAUAACAACUACCAGAUGUUUAAGGCUAUAAUCCAGUUUCUGGCAACAAGAGAUUUGGUAGCGAGUCCAUUGAUUUUCAAUGCCGGCGAGGAAGCGAAAGUCAAAGACUCAAGGUUGCCAUUAUUAUUUGAUGGUUCGAAUGGGCUGAACUUGCUAUUCAAAAUGACACCAUGGUCGUAUAGAUUGUUAAAACACGAGGCGACGAUGACCAUGAAACUCCUCAAUGAUACAACAUCUGACAACUUCGAUGCCAUAUUUCUAAAUAAGGUUGAUGAGCUACAUUCCAGAUUCGAUUCCAUUACUCGUAUUCCAAUUUCUCAAGCGACUACAGAACUGGGAUCCACCAUGGUAUCGAACGAUGCAGACCAUAGGACUCAUACACUGCUGUCAUAUUCCUACAAACUCUAUGACUCUCUGGCUAGAGGCCUUGGAGAUAGGGUUUCUCUGAUUCAUCUGAUCUUACCUUCACCUUCCCCCAGAAGCAUUAACCUGAAAUCACCCCCCCAACCUUUAGUUGAAAGGCAGAUAAUUGUUGGUUUCAUGUUGGAUGCUAAUCAAUACGCACGAGCUGUGGAUCAUGGUCCUCCAGCAGAACAUAAGAAAGAGGCGGCAGAAUAUCGUAAAUUCUGGGGCCCUAAAGCAGAACUACGUAGAUUCAAAGAUGGAAGCAUCCUCGAGAGUGUUGUCUGGACGGACAAAGACUCAAAACUGUCGAUUUUCAAUCAGAUUAUCCAGUAUAUUGUAGAGCGACAUAUUGGAACAGAUGUCGCGAAAGAUGCCGUUUUUAUCGGCGAGGAAUUUAUUCGUCUUCUUCCGAAAUCCCAGCUUUUAGGCUCCCAGUCUACAACAUCUUUUCAGCCGGCGAUGAAUGGUUUCGAUAUGCUUGUCAAGGAUCUAAGAGCUCUUGAAGGUCUUCCCUUACAAGUGAGACAGAUAUCUGCAGCUGCGCCUUCUUUAAGAUACUCUACAGUGGAGGUUCCAUUGGUUGCUGCAGAUGGGCAAUACUUGAUGGAACCAGCAGACGUGGUUGUGCAGUUUGAAAGCUCACUUAAAUGGCCCGAAGACCUCGUCGCGGUCCAAAAGGCAAAGAUCGCGUUUCUUUUGAAAAUUGCAGAGCUCCUUGAGCAGGCAAAAGGCGAGGAUAUUGUUACCCGAGUUGGACUUGAGAACGAAGGCCACAAUACUAUGAACAGCGCUUUCCUUGACGUUGUUUAUCUUACGGGUGCUACGUUUAGGGUUCGGAUAUAUCAUGAUAGAGAACGAAACCUUCUUGAGAGGCAAUUGAAGGAUAAAAGCCUUUCUCCUCGUACUAGAGAGGAGAUUACCCAAGCGUUGUCGGAACAUUGCAGAUCGUUCAUCUAUGGGCCUCUACAUACCCAAGACCUUCAAAAACUUUGUCACCGAUUCCCUGCCCUUUCUCCGACGAUCAGGCUGGUCAAGAAAUGGUUUCACUCACAUUUACUAUCCCCUCAUAUAUCGGAUGAGCUAGUAGAGCUUAUUACACUCCGAUGCUUCAUCAAUCCAUCAUCCUGGGUGAGACCAUCUAGCGUAAUGACUGGGUUUUUGAGGACAAUUUCAUUCAUUUCUCAAUGGGACUGGAGAACAGAGCCAUUGAUUGUAGACAUGUCUAUUGGCGAUUUGGGGCCCUCAGCCAUCCAGGAAAUUAUCGAGAGGUUCGACUCAAUGAGAAAGAACGAUCCUGCACUGAACAAAACUGUUCUUUUUGCGGCUUCAAAUCACAGCCAAGAUGGGACCACAUGGACGGAGAAUGGGCCGAUCAAGGUUGUGGCCACCAGAAUGACGGCAUUAGCAAGGAGUGCCUGUGAGUUGGUCAAGAACUGCGGCUCGCAGAUCGAGGCUGAAACUCUAUUUACACACUCUAUGAAAGAUUAUGAUUUUAUCCUUCAGCUCAAUCCAGCAUUUACGGCGGGUGGGAUCCGAAAAAAAAAGCAACAACCAAAAUUUAAGAAUUUACAAAAACCAGAGAUAAUCACAACUCAGGAUAUUUCGAAGCUAGGGCUUGACCCUGUGAAAAUGUUUCUUUCGGAGCUUUCGAAUCUUUAUGGCCAUAAUUUUAUCAUGUUCUAUGAUUGCUUGGUUGGUGUAACUGUGGGGUGUUUAUGGAGCCCACUCUGCACAGGUGCUAGAGGGUGGAAAGUAAACUUGACAUACUCGACGUCACCGAUCACGGAGAGAUCUGACAAGGACGAUGGAAAUGAUGCAAAGCUCGUUAUCAACAAGAAAGCCAUUCUCAACGAGAUCGCGAGGUUGGGAGGCGAACUAGUGAAGAACAUUGAAGUAAAUAGGCCAUAA